AUGACUUCUAUGGAUAUCGAUAAACAACCUACUUCAUCCACUACAUCCGAUGACUUUGUGAUGCCUUGGGUUGAAAAAUACAGACCUCUUAAACUCAAGGAUAUUGUAGGUAAUGAAGAUGCUGUCUCUCGUUUGGAGACUAUCGCCAGAGACGGUAAUCUUCCCAACAUUAUCUUGACUGGCUUACCUGGUAUUGGUAAGACCACCAGUAUCUUAUGCUUAGCCCAUGAUUUAUUGGGUCCUUCUUAUAAAGAUGCAGUUCUUGAAUUGAAUGCAUCUGAUGAUAGAGGUAUCGAUGUCGUGAGAAGUAGGAUCAAAGCAUUUGCACAAAAGAAAGUGACUUUACCACCUGGUAGACACAAAAUUAUCAUUCUGGAUGAAGCAGACAGCAUGACAGGUGGUGCUCAACAAGCAUUGCGUAGAACCAUGGAAAUCUAUUCAAACACAACGCGUUUUGCUUUGGCUUGUAACCAGUCAAACAAGAUUAUUGAACCUAUUCAGUCUCGAUGUGCUGUAUUACGUUAUAACCGAUUGACAGAUCAACAGAUCUUGCAGCGAUUAUUAGAGAUUUGUGAAAUGGAAAAGGUAGACUAUACAGAUGAAGGCUUAGAAGCUUUGAUCUUUACAGCUGAUGGCGAUAUGCGUCAAGCUGUGAAUAAUUUACAGUCUACACACUAUGGUUUUAAACACGUCAAUGCUGAUAAUGUCUUCAAGAUUUGUGAUCAACCUCAUCCUGUUAUCAUUCAACAUGUCCUCAAAUGUUGUUCUGAAGGCAAUGUUGAUGAAGCUGUCACUUGUCUUGAACAACUGUAUGAUGCAGGCUAUUCUGCACUAGACAUCAUUACUACCAUUUUUCGUGUAACAAGAAACUAUAUUGACAUCAGUGAACAACUUAGACUAGACUAUCUCAAGGAAAUUGGCUUUACACACAUGCGUAUUUUGGAUGGACAUCAAAGUAUAAUUCAAUUAUCAGGCAUGAUUGCCAAACUCUGUAGCAUUAAAGCAUAA